AAAAUGAAACUACUGUUUGGAUUUUUUACUGCAUUUCUAUUGUUUGUGCUGCAAUCCAAUGGUGAGAUUAUCGACUGUGAUUUCUUCGACACAGUAGAUAUCUCGGAUGGAAAAAGAUUCUCAAAUGGCUCAUACCUAUAUGAGAACCUACUCAUUCCCUCCUAUUUGACGGGUGAAUAUGACUUUAAGCUUCUGGCCAACGGAUCUAAGGAGGCUGUAGCGAGCCACAUAAGAGGAUGUGUCUGCAAACUGAGGCCCUGCGUCAGGUUUUGCUGCCCCCAUAACCAAAUAAUACUAGGCGGUCACUGUUACAGUAACACGACAACGGAUCAGCUGAGUAAUGUCGAUCCUUUCCUGAACGUAACCCUCAACAACGGGUCGGUGGUUAAAAUGCACUAUAGAGAAGAUCUAGUGGUGCAGUGGGACUUGCCCAAGCCCUGUGAGGAAGGCGAUUUGUACUACCUAGAUCACCAAGAAGAAAUGCACAAAUUCACAUUGUUUGAGAAUGAAAUUCUCUUACGCCACUUUGACAACGUGCACCUGAACAAGGCGGAAUACUGCCUUCAGCAUCUUAACUUCACAGACGGUAAUAUUCGAAUUGCACCUCACCACUGCCCAAAAUUGCCGUCCAAAAUUGAACAGACAGUUGUGCUGAUCCUAUCGUUGACAUGCAUGGUUCUUACGAUCGGCGUUUAUCUCUUCGUUAAGAAACUUAGAAAGUUGUAUGGCAAAUGCUUUGUUUGCUACAUGGCCAGCCUUUUUAUGGCCUACUUGUUCCUGCUUCUUGACUUGUGGCACUUAACGACCGGGAUCUGCCAAACAGCAGCAUUCCUGGGCUACUUUUUCGUCAUGGCUGCCUUUUUCUGGCUUUCUGUAAUCAGCCUGGACCUCUGGAAUGGGAUGAAAGGCGUCUUUGUGUUAGAAAAUCGGUUUUUGGCCUACAAUUGCUACGCGUGGGGAAUGUCGGUGGCCCUGACCGGAGGCACCUAUUUAUCGGAUAAGUUCGUAGCGAACGAGGAUUGGAAUCCUCUUAUGGGCGCCGGAGGCUUUUGUUGGAUCGACACUGAAAGUUGGUCUGCUAUGCUCUACUUCUUUGGACCGAUAUUAGUGCUGAUUCUCUUCAACAUGACCAUGUUUAUCCUGAUGGCCAUACCUUUAAUAAGAUCAAAGAUGGAACUGAGGAAAUUCGCCCGCAAGGAUGGCAGAAAGCAGAAGCUGAAAUCGGACAAACACAAUUACGCACUAUUUCUGCGGCUCUUUAUCGUCAUGGGGUUGACGUGGAGCUUAGAGAUAAUCUCCUACUUGGUGCAGAAUACGAUUUGGGCCAAGGCGUUUCUAGUAGCAGAUUACCUCAAUUGGUCUCAGGGUAUUAUCAUAUUUGUGGUUUUUAUUCUACGAUCCAAUACGCUAAAACUAUUAAAGACACAAAUAUUUCCAAAUCACCAGUGGAGUGACAUCAGCAUGAAGUCCAGAGUAACUCGAACUACGACUGGGGAAUCCGUAUCUCAUCAAUCAAGCCCAAGCCUGCUAUUUUGAAGCCGAGCCCAUCCUGCGUGUAGAAAUCUACAAAGGCAUUUUCUAUUUUAUUUCUCUUACUAAAGUUAAAUAUUAAUUUUUAUCAAACAGACUCUAUGAAUGUCUCGUAUAAGUGUUAUGUUUUAAGUCUGGUUAAUUAUUGCCACUGAUUCCUAGAAAUAAGAAUGAUUAGAAUAACUAUCAAUCCAGUACAAACAUUCCUUUGUAGAGACACUAAUUUAUGAGGCCGAAUAAAGUCUUUUCUUAACAUUUCAUACUUUUUAACCGAGAAGCAUGAAGUUUUUUAUCAAACAUGAAUAGAAAUUUCAAUGAUGGUGUCAAAAACAUUUCUUUUGAGUGACUAAGCGAAGUUUGAAACAAAUUCAGAUAGUGAAAUAAUUGUACAAUUUUUUUUAGGCCGUGAUUAAAUUUAUCAUUACUAAUGAAACAUUUUUGGUUUUAUAAUAGUUCUCUUUGUAAAAGGAACCCUUGUCAAAGGUCCCACAUAAUAAAAGUGUACAUUUCUAUUGUGAAAGAGGUUGUAGAUGAACUCCCCCUGAAGAAAGCCAUCCAUCUUAAGGCUUUUACUUGUGAACAAUCAUGAGACCACAAA